CAUGGUAGCUAGCUCUACGUGUUUUUUUGCAAGUCUUACAAAACGCUGCAAACUUAAGAAACCAUUUAUUCUUCCAUGAGCACCAUAUUAAAAUCCAUUUUAGAUUUGAAUUUACAAAGAUGAGUUACGCUUUAGCCGUCCGCAAAAUGCAAUUUAGAUUCAGUUAGACUAGUACUUUGGAACGAUUUUGCCUAAACUGUUCAUUUGUGACUAAUAAUUUAUAGUCUACAUCGUAUUGUUUAGUGUGACUCUAGUAACGUCAUACGAUCAAAUGUAAUGUUUCAUAAAUGUGUUUCUAACCCUUUCAUUUCAGUGGGGAAACGUAAAACACCCAUUCUGGAUGCUAAACAGCACGUUUGUGCAAGACGAGACAAGAGUAUACUAGAGAGCAGAUUCUUAAAUGCUAUUAAAGGAUAUGGAGUGUUUGCUACCGCACUUAUCGAGGAGGGAAGUUUCAUUGCCGAAUACAGAGGCGCUCUGCGAGAUGCAGGGAAAUGUGUUCCCGAUGCGUAUUCCUACUACUUUAUAUAUAACGACACUCGGUAUUGUGGUUGUGUAUGGGAGGCCCUGCUCAGUUUGAUAAUGGCAAAGAGCGAGGGGUAACGAAGUGUGAGGAGCAGUCAUCACAUUCAGAAACUACGGACCAAAUGGGUUGUGAAAUGGAGGAACCAUCAUGCAGUGCUAAAGGUCAUCAAAGUCAGUCAUCUGAACAAAUGACAUGUGAAAUAGAACAGGUGGAGGGUGAGAAAGAGGCCCUUAACAGUCAGGCUGCAGAACAGGCUCAGCUGGAGAUGCAGAAGGAGACGGGCAUGGGAGUGGAGCCAUGUGUGGAAGAAGAGUGUCUCACAGAAGCUGCUGAACAGAAAAUGUAUGAAGAGGGGAAGAAUAUGUGUGAGAAUGAAUCACCUCAAAUGCAGACAGCCAAACAGAUGGCUCGGGAAGAGGCGCAGCACACACGCUCAUCUCAGACUAACAGGGCCAAGGAGUCAUCUCUAGCUGAGCAGGAUGUAUGUGAUAUCGAGCUGGAAAGUAAUGAAGGUGUCUCAUCAGAUGAGGAAUUUGUACCUGAAUCUGACCCAGAGUCAGAUAGUGAUUUUGAUGCAGAGAAGCCAGUGGCUAAAGCUUCAGACACAUCAAAGGAUGUGGAGGAAGAGAUUAUGCCGCCAAAUCAGAAAAAUCAUUUAGUCACACAGGCUGCAAAAGAGAACUUCUGCUUUGUGUGUGGUAAGGCUUCCUCAAAAAUAGCAAGACAUUUAAAAGUGCACAGAAAAGACAACUUUGAAAUUGACAGUGCUUUUAAACUUCGGAAGUCAUCAAAAGAAAGGAAACGAAUCUUAGAAGUACUAAGGAACAGAGGCAAUUACCAGCAUAACGCCAAAGUCUGUAGGAAUCGUUCUGGCUUGAUCAAGGUUAAUCGAACACCAAGAGAGAAGUUUGAAUACUACAUGUACUGUAAAGGGCUAUAUAUGCGGAAGGAACUCUGGAGACAUGUAAGACGCUGCACAUCUAACCCUGAGAGAGAUGCGGUAAAAGGCGCAAAGGCCAGAGUUUUGGGUCUGGCAGCUAUGGCCCAGUGCCCUCACCUGCAGCAUGUUUCAGAUGAUGUGAAGAAAAUACUUUGUGAUAUGCAUCAGGAUGAAGUUGCACAGGGUGUCAGAAAUGAUGAGUAUGUACUGGGCCUAGCGCAAUAUGUUAUAGACAAAAAGAGCAACAGCAAAGAAAGGCAUGAGUUUGUUGGACAUUCCCUUAGAUGUAUUGGAAAGUUUUUGAACAUCUUGCACAAGAAAACCUCGAUAAGGAACCUAGCUGAGGCUAUAAAGCCAAGCAGAUUUCCAGAGGUUACUGAAGCAGUGAAAGAACUUGCUGAGUAUAACAUGGAAACAAAUUCCUUUGCAAUACCAAGCCUUGCACGCAGUGUUGGAUUGACUCUGAGGAAAUUUUGCAUCUUGACUGCAGAGAAAGCAUUUGCAGUUAAAGACAAAACACUAAUAGAAUCAACUGGUAGAUUUUUUACACUUUUUGAUGAUGCACGGUCACAGUUUGCUUUAGGGGCCAAAAAACCCCACCCAGCUUUCAUCAAGCCUCCCUUACUCCCUUUUGUCAAGGAUGUCAGGUUAUUUCAUUGCUACCUUGAAAAGGAAAUGCAAUGUACAGUGCAAGAACUGAGAGAGAAACCAAGUGCUCAAAGCUAUGCCAACCUUUCUAAAGUGAUGCUAGCCCAGAUUUUGAUGUUUAACCGCAGACUUGGGGAAAUCUCUAAUUUGACCAUCAAAGUUUUCCAGGAGAGAGACAAGGAACAGGUCUCUGACACCUCUGAUGAACUCACAGAAUUUGAGAAGGAGUUGUUUAAAGAUCACUGCAAACUUCAUGUUAUGCAGAAAAUAGGAAGCCAAGCAACAAUCAUACUAACUCCAGACAUGGUCAGUGCACUGAUGCUCUUGAUUGAGAAAAGAAAGCAAUGCGGCGUCUAUGAUGGCAACAGAUUUGUUUUUGGCCGCAUCAAAGGCUUUGGGUACUACAGGGGAGAAAACGCUCUAAGGAUCUGUGCCAAUGAAUGUUGUGCAAUGAAUCCCGACCAGCUGAUAUCUACUGAGUUCAGCAAACACAUCGCUACACUCACCCAAGUCCUCAGCCUGAAGAACCAUGAGCUAGGGAUACUAGCAAAGUUCAUUGGCUAUGAUAUAAGUGCCCGUAAGGAGUACUACAGGCAGCCUGAGGCCACUGCUCGUUUGGCCAAAAUCUGCAAGCUCAUUUUGGCUAUUGAGAAGGGGAGCACUUCUGACCUGCUUGGAGAGUCUCUAGAUGACGUUGUACUAUCAGAUGAGAUUAACGAGAGUGACACUGAAGCAGAAGAUUUUGAAGAUGAAGAAUUGGUGAUCUUAAAAAGGAGCAUCCUAUCUAAAAGCCAUAAGAAGGAUUCUGGAUCUACAGCCAAAGAAGGGGUUGAAGGCUCUAUGGGACAUUUGAACCUCACACUGGAAAUUUUGUGGUGUUCAUCACAGCAGCGUGUAAAGCAGAUGUGAGAGCUGCCAAACAGGUGAACCUACACACAGCCGUGAGAGCUGCCAAACAGGUGAACCUACACACAGCCGUGAGAGCUGCCAAACAGGUGAACCUACACACAGCCGUGAGAGCUGCCAAACAGGUGAACCUACACACAGCCGUGAGAGCUGCCAAACAGGUGAACCUACACACAGCCGUCUUCACACUUAGUCAUAGACAGAACUAUCAGAAGAGGGAGCUGUGUAUUCCUAAUAGGUGCUUAGUGGAUGACCAAAGCUUUAGUUCUUUAGUUCUUCAGCUCCUGUUGGUGCUGUAGACAAGCUCUAACACUUUGCAUCUGAGCCUUUUAUAAGGCAUAAAACAUGGGUCACAUGGUACAUACAGUUUCAGCUGCAGUUUAGUAUCAAAAAUGGCAACCAAGAGUCAUCAUAUGACAUUCAACAAAUGUGGAAUAGUGGAAAGUAAAAGUGGCAGCGGGACAUCAAUGGCAGUACAUCCAGGACAGAAAGCAUGACAAGACGGGCAGAGAUAAGAAA